GGACAGCCCCUGUUGCCUCUGAUGUCUCUGGGGCACAGUAACGGGACAGCAGGUUCAACCGUCUGCCCUAGUUGUAUAUGGAGAUGGGUUAACAAUAGCUGCUCAGUGUUUGAUAUAAUAUUCACAUUUCUACACUGCGGGUGUUUUUUUUUUAAAAAUUGAUUCUAACCCCAGACGCAGUUAGUUUUUGGCUAAUUGAAUAGAGACUUGACUCUUCGGUCAAUUAGACUACACCGGCUUUUUGUUCCAGGCUGUCAUGGCGAUUGCUCACGUAGCCACCGAGUACGUUUUUUCCGACUUUUUGUUGAAGGACCCCACGGAGGCCAAAUACAAAGGGGUGCGUCUGGAGCUGGCGGUGGAUAAAAUAGUCACGUUUCUAGCGGUGGGACUGCCUUUGUUUCUCAUCUCCCUCGCUUUUGCUCAAGAGGUGUCAGUUGGUACCCAGAUCAGCUGCUUUGCUCCCACAAACUUCUCUUGGAAACAGGCGGCAUAUGUGGACUCAUUUUGUUGGGCAGCAGUACAGCAACAAGGUGACAGCUCGCCGCUAUGGCUGCACAAGUUCUUCCCAUACAUCCUGCUCUUACUGGCCAUCCUCAUGUAUAUCCCGGCCCUGUUCUGGCGUUUCACUGCAGCUCCCCACCUCUCCUCUGACCUAAACUUCAUCAUGGAGGAGCUGGACCGCUUUUAUAAUCGUGCCAUCAGACUGGCCAAGAAUUUAGCAUCCUUAGAUAGCAAAGGUGCAUCUGAGGACACCCAGAGUGCUUUGGAUCUGACUGAGGGUUGCUUCAAAUACCCUUUAGUGGAGCAGUAUCUGAAGACCAAGCGCUUCUCUCACGGCCUUGUGGUCAAGUACCUAUUAUGUCGGGGCCUGAUUCUGCUGAUCCUCCUGCUGGCCUGCAUCUACCUAGGCUACUACAUCCGACUGGCCUCUCUCACUGACGAGUUUCCCUGUGACCUGCGUACAGGGGUGCUGAAGAACAACAGCAUGGUGCCGUCUGCUGUGCAGUGUAAGCUCGUGGCAGUGGGUGUCUUCAGGCUGCUCAGCUACAUCAACUUGGGGGUGUAUGUGCUCCUUGCUCCACUGGUAGUGUACGCUGCUCUUGGACCAGCUCGCCAGAGCUCCAGUUUCCUCCGGCCUUAUGAGCUGCUGCCAGGGUUUGGUGCUUUGGGCGUGGUCACGCCCUUCUACAACGACCUGAGUAUCUACCUGUUGUUCCUGCAGGAGAAUCUGAGCGAACUCAAAUCAUUUAAGUGUCUGCAGGUGCUUGAGUUGUUGCAAGAGGCUGGUGAUGAGGGGUUUGACACCAUGUGCCUGCUGCAAACUCUGGGUCAGGUGAAGACUGAUGUGUUAGACAGUAAGAAGACGUGCUCACGCAAGAACAACAAAGAAACUAAUAAAGCCGAGGAAUGAUUCCUCUGAGAUGUUUCUGAAUAACUGGCCUGAAGCGGAUAAGCCCUGCUGUGAUGGAAAAGAAGAACUGUGAGAAAAUCCUGUGCACUUACAUAUAUCUGAAUUUCUAGUAGUGUAUUGACUGACAGCAGCGUUACCCAAAUCAGAGAAGAGCUAUUAACACAGUCUGUAGUUUGGCCAACAGACAUUGUACCUCUCAGAUGUCUUAUUUUUAGUAAAUGUGAAUACUCCAAGGACAAGUGUCUCAGGUCUGGGGCAAUCUGCUGCUGAUCCUGACCUUGUUUUUUUCUGAAAUGAAAUUCCUAUGUAUCUUUUUCUAUGCUACUUUUCUCAGGAUUUUAAAUGCCUUCCAAUCAUAAUAUUUAAUAUAAGCCAUGUUCCUUGGACUGAAAUCUAUACAUUCAUUUUCCAGUUGCAAGAGCCCACUUCCUGCCCUUUAUGUUAGAAUGAGAGAUGUUUCUGAACACAGGGUUUAGAUGUAUUUAUAGUUGAGGCGAGGUAAUAAGAAGAUGUAGUGAUUAAUGAAAGUUAAACAUCAAUUGUUAGGUAUUAUAAGAACCACUGGAGCAGCAUUGUCUGACUGUAAAUCACGUGACUAUUUUAGCCUAAAUGUGCUGUUAACAACAGGUGGUGUACUGUAUGUGCAUGUUGUAAGUAAACAAAAAAAAGCUGAAAGAUGAAUAAAUAUGUGUUAGGGGAAUAAAAUGUCAAUAUCAAUUGUUGUCAGAGGUAAAGCCUUUCAGGCUUCCUCUUAUAUAAUUAAAUAAUGUUUUCAAUUAUAUAAUUAUGUACCAAGUGCAAGUGAAAUAAAUUCCAUUUCACUGCCCCAUGUCAAAUA